AGUUUCGUAGAGGCAGGAGCGAGGGGGCUUGUGGAGAAGACAAGAAGAGCGGCGGCGCUUGAUCUUUCACUGCUUCUCUGUUAUCCUCUCUCUCUCUCUCUCUCUCUCUCUUGUAGUUGUUGUCCUCCGCAUUUGCUUCUCCGCCAUGACGACAGUGGGCGUCCUUGCCCUGCAGGGCUCUUUCAAUGAGCACAUGGCCGCCUUGCGGAAGAUUGGGGUGAAGGGCGUGGAGGUAAGGAAGCCUGAGCAGCUGGAGAGUGUAGAUUCCCUCAUCAUACCCGGUGGGGAGAGCACUACCAUGGCCAAGCUCGCUCAUUACCACAACCUUUUUCCAGCAUUGAGAGAGUUUGUAAAUUCUGGGAAGCCUGUGUGGGGUACUUGUGCUGGUCUUAUAUUCCUUGCCAACAAAGCUGUUGGGCUGAAGACAGGUGGGCAAGAGCUUGUUGGGGGUUUGAACUGCACUGUUCAUAGAAAUUUUUUUGGUAGCCAGCUUCAGAGCUUUGAAACUGAACUUUCAGUGCCUAAGCUUGCAGAACAAGAAGGUGGUCCUGAUGCUUGUCGGGGUGUCUUCAUCCGUGCACCCGCCAUUCUUGAAGUAGGACCUGAUGUUGAAAUCCUUGCUGAUUACCCUGUCACCUCUGAUAAGUUGGGUAGUAUGGCACCUAGGGACGAAGACAAGGAGAAUGAGAUGGGUCCCUUGGAUAGAGUUAUUGUUGCAGUUAGGCAGGGGAACUUACUUGGGACAGCUUUUCACCCUGAGUUGACUGCAGACACUAGAUGGCAUAGUCUCUUUUUAAGAAUGGGGGAGGUGAAGGGUGAAAGGAGUUUGCAGUGCGCAUCUGCAUCCAAUUCAGAUGACCCUGAAGGGAAAGGAACUCCUGAUCUUCCAAUAUUUGAAUGACUAGCAAUAAAAGUAGGAUUGUUAUUAAGCAAAAUUAAUCAUUCAUUUAUAGCUGGAUAUUAAAGAUGCCAUGCGUUGUUCUGUAUGGCCUCAUGUCAUGGCUCAGCAUAUUUUUGUAUGAGGUGGUGUACUAGCUUUAGAAAUGGGCCUACUCUUCUGAAUUACCAUCUAAAAGAAUAAAUUUAUUGUGUAAACCUUGGUUCGCAUUUUACAUGAUAUAAUGAUC